AUGAAUCUUACAGGCGGAUCCGAUGAGAUAGGAAAUUAUCGUCUAGAACUAGCAGCUCAAAAUAAAUUCGAUGAACCAAAAAUGAAGGAUGUCAACAUCACAUACACUUGUCACAAUUCAUUUGACUGUGCAAAAAUAUAUUAUCUAUUAACCAUACAAACAUUAAUUCAAAAUGAACCGAUACUAGACAAAAUCGAAGCCGAAAUAUUCGAUCCGACGGUCGUCAAUAUUCAACAAUGUUCUGAUGAUCAGGAUCAACCCAUAACUUGUCAAAAUGGUUAUGGAUGUCAUGGAUAUGAAAUAAUCGAGAAUGGCCAGAUUGACUUCGAAGGAGAAUGUAGAAAUGAUAGUACGGUGACGAUCUUUCCUCGUCAAUAUUUUCGUAUCACACUUGUACAAGGUGAUCCACCACUUUCAUCUGACUGGAAUCAUUUUGGUUUUACUUGCAAUAAACAAAAUUUGUGUAAUACCCGACAACAAAUCAAGAAAAUGGUGAAAAUAGCCAAUGAUUUCUAUCCAUGGGAACUUAUUCCACCAAAUUCAAGCACAAACGAUGUUGUUAUUCGUAUCGAUAUUGUACUUGGAGAGAAUACAAAGAAUGUUGCACCACAAAUCACAACAUCUGAAGAAAAUCUCGGUGUAGUAGUUGCAGUUCUUCGUUCAUAUAAUCGUGACAAGUCAUUCUUACUUAAUUAA